AGCUGCAUCUAGUGGCUGGAACGAAGCAGCCUUGAUCACCACCUUCCGCCAAGGGCUCGAACCUUCUCUCCGCCUGCACCUGUCUUCCUAUGAUGACUCCAUUGGAUUAGAACGAUUCAUCCAGCUUGCUAUCAGAGUCGCCCAUCGCCGUGAGGCUUGCAUGCAAGAUGCCAAUGUGCUAGUACCAACCUCCAACCGCACGCCGAAGAGUGAUGAUCCUGAACCCAUGCAGGUGGACACCACAAAGCUCAGUCCCACAGAGCGCAGCCGUCGGAUGACACAAGGUCUCUGUCUGUACUGUGGGUCAGAUGCACACCUCAUCGCCAAAUGUCCAGUUCGUCCACCACGUCCAACGGCUCCGCUGGGAACUUCAUAUCUGGAUCCCUUUGCCAUCAACUCCAACUCCCGAAGACCCGCUGCUCCACAACCUUCACCGUCCACUCAAUAGUGGGGAAGCCUCUCGCCCGCAAACAGAGCCUGGUGUGAUUGCGGAUCCUCCACUGCCACUCCUCCUGGACGAGGGUCCCGUCUAUGCGGUCAAGACCAUCCUUGACUCUCGGCGCCACAGAGGUCGUCUGGAGUAUUUGGUCGACUGGGAAGGUUAUGGCCCUGAAGAUCAGUCGUGGGUUCCCCGAGCUGAUAUCUUGGACCCCACCAUGCUCGUCGACUUUCAUAGAACCCACCCCAGUCGACCAGCCCCCCGUGGUAGGGGUCGACCGCGCCGCCGAGGCCCCUCGUCCUCGGGAGUGCCUCCUGGAGGGGGGGGGUAAUGUCACAGCCACACCAGGCUCUCCACCAAUCACGCCCACUCUCCAAUCACCUGAAAUCACAGCUUCACGCUCACUCUCCCCUGAUUACUAAUUGGCCACCUGUUACCCUCGUUACCCCAUUGCCAAACCUCUCACCUGCCCUUUGUUUUCUUAAUUGCCAGCCCUAUGUAAACCCCUGUCUUUGUUAAUUCUUUGUCUGGCUUCGUCUUGAGCUACACGGACUCCAAGCUCCUUGCCGUUUGACUCUCCCAAGAAGAAUCCCUGAAGUUAAGUUUCAUUUUGGACUUUUGAUCUUGUUAAAAUUGUUGGACUCUGCUUUAUUUUCCUUUGGACCGAAUGCCUUACUCCUACGUUAAUCUCCGUUUUUGCCAAGUGUAUCUUCUGAGCGUUGAUGAGUCCAGUUUUCUGUUUCACUGUUUGAAUUGCUGCAAAACCAUCAAGUAAAAUCUGAAAACUGAC